UUAUUAAGUCAUAACACGUCUUACAACUACUUAUAAUAUAAACAAAAUUACUCAUUAUUAUGAGUUUUUUCAAUAAAUCGUGAGUUUCAAUAAUCGUUUACUAGGUAGCACUAGGUGGCAUUACUGAACAUGGGCUAUAGCCCUAGACACAGCAAAUGAUACAAUUUCAGAUUUCUCCAUCCAUUGUUAUGAUCCAAAGUUAAGUAUACAAGGUGAAUUGAUUUUUCCACAUAAUAAUAUGUUUAUAUCAUAGACCCAGCUAUAUAAGGCCUGCUACCUCUACAGUUUAUCGCCACAGAUAUAUAAAAAUCUUCUGCAUUACACACAUCUGUGGAUUGUGGUUAUCACUAUAAAUAUUACGGGUGGAGAUUUCGCCGUCUUAUCUCACGUAGUUGCUGUUGAAACUUUUUACAAAAUCUGGAAUAGACGUAAACAUUGCUUACUAAAUACUGAUAUUCUACCAAUUAUUAUACCUAAGUCCUAACUAUAAUUUAGUUGUAUCCAUAGUCCUUAUUAUCUGUGGUUAUAUAAUGAAAUAGUCGAUACUCAAAGAAUUUAAUUGAGACGUCAAGCACUUGAUCCGUCGUCGACGCCCAAGUAAUAUCGUAUAACGAAAUUUAAAAAUCAUCAUAAUGGGUUUGGAGCGGACUGCAAAGCAAGUCGACGACGAAUUGGAUGGGAUUUGUCUACAAAUGAUACAAUUAAUGGACGAAUAUUGUUCGAGUAUCGGCCGGCUGGAACACUGUUUACGUGAUGGAUGCGUGCACCUUGCCAAAAGUAGGUAUGUGAUGGGCCACCGUAGCGUGUCCGACCUACAGCUGCCGACAUCUGGACCGUACACUGCUCGUUCAACAGUAGUGCGCGAGAAGGACUCUGAUGUGAUCCAUCUGGCAAGCAAUGACAGCGGAGACGAUCCUAUCAAACGUUUUGGUGUACUCGUCCCAGGUAGUCUACGCAAGGCUCAAGAAGGAUUUUGUAAAUGCUUAGAGUCCACAAUCGAAGCCGCGAUCAUAAAAGCAGAAAUGGAAAAAAUUCAGGGAAAUUAUUCGUCAUUAAAGAAUGCAAGAAGUCAGAUGACAAAAGUAGUUGAUAAGUGAAAAUAAAAUAAACAUUAAUUCCUCAUACAAUAUUAUAUAUUUAUAUUUUUGUUUUUAAUAGAAAUAAAUGAAAAAUGUUUUUAAAUAAAAAAAAGAGUAAUUUAACCUAAACAAUAACAAUAAAUAUGUAAGUUUAAACCUUAAUAAUUGGUUAGGUAUUAAGGGUGAUCUCCAUUAUUUAUUAACCAUCAAUUAUUCUUUGAAAAUACAUUUAAUUGUAUUUUUAUCAUUUUGAUAAAUAUUGUAUGACAUUUUUCUAAAAAAAUGUUGGGACAUUUUUACCACUCACUUAAUACUCUGAUAAUAAUGAAACAUCUUGUACGUAUACAAAGGGGAAAAGUUUUAAAAUUGUUCAUGAUAAGAGAGAGAGAGAGAUGAGAUAAGCUAAAA